GAUCAUGAUUUCUGCGCCUCCAGUAGGAGCCAGGGCGAACUUGGAGAUUGGGGGAGCUGAGAAGAGAUGUGCCGGAGUGGCCGAAGAGGCGGAUGGAUGAAUUGCUUCAUUUUUCUUUGCUUAAAGGGUUGAGAGGCAUAUUCAGACUCUUGCACCAUGAUCUGUGAUAAAGUUAUUCUACUCCAUCCGCAGGACCGUGAAGAGCUGGAGGGCUAAUCACAUUCACCCCCCUGACCCUGCAAACUACGUGGUGUCAGUCCACGCGCGCCUUCGGUAGCAUCGAGAGCCGCCCGCCCAAACGUCCUUUCGUAAGCUCGAUCACUUCGCCCGUAUCUCUCCUCUGGGUUGGACUUCCUGUCGCCAUGGUGGAUAUCAUCCGAUUCCUGAACCAGCAUCAGGGCCAGAUCAUCCGGCUCGCCAAAAAGGCAUUCAAAUGGUUCAAGAAGCACCAGAGCCAGCAGCAGCAGCAGCAACAACAACAGCAACAACAACAUCCGCAGCAGCAGCAGGGAUACAGCUCUUACGCUGGUGCCGCAGGGGGCGGCGGAGGAUACCCCCAGCAGCAACAACAACCGUACGGAUACCCACAGCAACAACCGCCAUUUCAGCAAGUGCAGCCUCAGGCAUGGGGUAAUGGAGGACCUUCAUACGACCAUCCACCACCUCAGGGGCAUUACCGGCCUCCCUCGUCUUCCCUCCCGGUCCCGCAAACGGGCAUCAAGCCCAACCACCCGAACUACCACGAUAAUGAGGUCAACCAGAAGGACGAGCGGUAUAGGCAGCUUCGCGCCAACGCGCAAUCCGAGGGGAACCAGAUGGCGAAAUGCUUUGAUGAGUCGCAUAGAGCUUAUUCGGCUGGUGACCGUGCCAGGGCGAAGGAGCUGAGUAAUGAGGGCCACCAACACAAAGAACGCAUGGAGAGCCUGAACAGGGAGGCCGCAGACUGGAUUUUCAAGGCCAACAAUGAAGACAGCGCACCAAAUGAGAUCGACUUGCACGGACUGUACGUCCAAGAAGCUAUCGAGCGAACGGAGGUGCGCAUCAAGGAAGCACAACGCCAAGGCAUACCCGACCUACGUGUGAUUACGGGCAAGGGCAAUCAUAGCGCUCAGCACGUCGCCAAGAUCAGGCCUGCUGUUGAGAAGCUCAUGCAAGACCUGCACCUCAGCGCGGAGAUGGAUCCACACAAUGCUGGCGUUGUCGUCGUGCAUAUCUCCGGAGGAGGAGGCGGCGCCGGCAUUUACCGAGACGCAGGCUUCACGCGGGAGCUUGCAAAGCAAGCUACUGGGGAUGCCGAUCAGUGCAUCGUCAUGUAAGUGUCUAUUGUAUCUGGCACUCAGAGGCAACCUAUCUGCGAUACACAUGGUGAAUUUGUGCUGGCCGUUCGAGCACCAGUCCGUGUGGAAAGAUGCAUACACCGGGUUGCCUAGUUUACAAAGUGAGCCGAGAAAGAAAGUCCGCAGUUCGAUGUGCCCCGCUUCGAAGAGUGCCGUGCUUA